AUGACUUCAAAUAGAAGUGUAACCAGCAAGUCUGACAGACCCAUUGCUGUUCUAUGGAGUUGUGAGCUGAACGCUAACCAACUGACCCAAAAGUUUGAAGUUACGGAUGAUGAGCUCAGUGAACACCAGCUGGUUUUGAAGACGAUAUGUUUGGGUGUUGGUGCCAAGGAUGAAGUGAACAUUGUGGAGAUAGUACCAGAGGAUGAGAGUGCACCCAUUCCUAUUGCAACCUUGCAGCUGUCCAUCUUACCAAUGACCACCAUCUGUGGGAUUGAGCUGACUCCCCCUGUUACCUUCAGACUGAGGAAUGGAUCCGGGCCUGUCUAUGUCACAGGACAGAACAUUGUCUUAGAGGAUUAUCCAUGGGGUGAGGAGGAAGAACAAGAGGAGGAAGAGGAGGAGGAAGAGGAGGAAGUGGAAACGCCCCCAAAACCAGUCAAAAGGCCAGCAUCCACCAAAAAAGCAGGACUUUCCAAGAAGAAGAAGGUAGACACUGACAAAGAGGAGUCUGGUGAAGAACAGCCUGUGAAAAAGCAAUGUCCCCCAGGCAGUGGAGUCGGCUUGGAACUUCACACCAAAAACAAGGGUUCAGUAGCCGACCUAGGAAUGCCUCACCUUCUGCAGCCUGUCCUGUGUCGGAGCUGGGGUAUGGCCAUCACUCCGCCCCAGCAGCUCAUACAGAUAUAG